AUGCUGCUGUGCGCGUGCGUGCUUCUGCUGUUGGCCGCAGCCUGCGGAGCGUCCUACGUGCCGUGCGAACCGUGCGACCAGAAAGCGCUGUCUCUGUGUCCGCCAGUGCCCGUGGGCUGUCAGCUGGUCAAGGAGCCGGGCUGCGGCUGCUGUCUGACGUGCGCGCUCGAGGAGGGCCAGGCGUGCGGCGUGUACACGGGACCGUGCACGCGUGGGCUCCGCUGUCUGCCCAAGAACGGAGAGGAGAAGCCUCUGCAUGCACUGCUGCACGGCCGCGGCGUGUGCGCCAACGAGAAGCUGUACAAGCAGCGGUACGGGGCCAAAGACUCUCUGGACGCCCGGAUGACCGUGCCCGAGAGCGUGCCCUCCAUCGCCAAGGUGCCCUUAUAUGGACUGGACCACAUUAGCAGCCGCAAAGCCCAGGCCAUGAAGCAGGCCAACGACCGCCGGAAGCAGUUGGCCCGCUUGGGUCAAGCCAGCCACAUGGACCAGCCCAUGCUUGGGAUAAGCAAGACCGACCCAGAGUUUGGGCCCUGCAGGAGGAGGCUGGACCACCUGAUCCAGAGCAUGAAGGAUGCAUCUCGGGUUUUCGCGCUCUCCCUUUAUCUGCCCAACUGUGACAAGAAGGGAUUUUUCAAACGCAAACAGUGCAAGCCUUCCCGCGGCCGUAAACGUGGCAUCUGCUGGUGCGUGGACAAGUUCGGCGUUAAAAUCCCGGGGAUAAACUACGCGGGCGGCGACCUGCAGUGCAAAGACCUGGACAAUACCAGCAUCAACGAGUGA